AUACCUGUUGAGGCAACUGUUGCUUCUCAAGAGAGUAUCACAACAUCUCCGACUACGGUGGUCGAUCCUUCUACUGAGUUUCUGACGCAAGGAGAAGCAGGACCAUCCGAGGAGAAGCUUAUAGCAGCAUCAUAUGAGAGGAUGGAGGAUAGCGACGAUGAUAUUAUCAUAUCUGAGAGAAUUAGGACUGAGGAGGAGGCAGAGUAUCUGUACUCUAUCACAUCGGAAGCAUGGAAGGCAACCCUAAAAACUCCAGAGUUCGAUAGGUCAAAACACCACCCAUUCGGCGAAUCAGUGUACGUUCUGCCAAAGACUCUGUCGACGAAACUCGAUGAUACGGCUCUGCAAGUGGUUGAGUUCAUCUUCAGUACCACUGCUAAAGACGAUGGUAAAUUUUUCGUGGAUACUCCAACCGGUAACCUUACCCGUUCCCAGCUACUUUCAUUGAAGGGUAAAAAUUGGCUGCAUAGCCAAGUA